UGCAAAACAGUAAACGUCACAUCGUUCAGAUUAGUGUCAAGAAAUUCCAAUAUGUUUUCGUAUCGAUGAAUAUUGUUUACAAUGAAAUUCCAAUACAUAAGUUAAAUUAAUGAAAAACGUUAACAUUCAUCAUGUCUGAGGAAGAAACUUUAGAUAUUGAAGAACAACUUGAAAAACUUCUAACAGAUAUACAACCAAAUUUACAAGAUGUUAUCAAGAGGAGUUUCACGAACGUCGCGAUACAACAAACAAAAAAUGGUGAACAAGUCAAAACCGAUACACUCGAAGAUACUUCUUAUUUUGCUAAAAAUACACAGGUAACAUUAUCCAGAUUAGAACUAGUCAAGUCUCCAACAUUCCACAUGCAGUCAGUGUCUCUAGAUCUCAAAUCAAUGUCCUUGUCAUUGAGAUGCUCUUUGGGUGAAGUAAAUGUGCGAGGCCUGUACAGUGCCUUUAAUGAAAACCUUUACAACCUCAUACCCGUCAUGUCAGAAGGUCAUGUUAUAGCAUCAUUAUCAAACAUGAUUGCAGAUGUAAAUGUGGGCUUGGUCCUGGAGGAUGAUGCUUUCUCAUAUAUUAAUCCUGGAAUUGAAUUUACUCAUGAUGAAGUUUUAGUUAAGCUUUCAUGGCCUUCACCUCAAAGAAGUGGUGGAUAUGAUUUCACUACAACUGAGCAAUUGGCUAAGCACAUUGAUGAUCUUCCACUAACAGCUGCAAUAUCCUUACCAUUGUAUGCACUACUGCGUCAAAAACUAGAGCGUCAUCUAGCGAAAGUUCUACACCAAGCCACCAGCAUUUCUGAUGUAGUUGGCUGCAAUCCUAGUAUGCUUGAAGCAUUCAGUUCAAUGGUGAGCAAUUUGGCACAGAACGGGAACCGCAUUGUUGACAUGAUAUUGAUCAAUAUGAGGAGGACGCUACUACAGACCUGCCAGGAAGUGCUAGAAAUACCUCCAUUACAUACAACGUUUAUGCAUAAGAUUGGCUCAAUAUCAUUUAUCGGAAAGCUAGAGACGGACACGGGCUGGGUAAAGAACCUGGCCACCAUCAACCGAAUCAAUGACGUGAGCGUUACCAGACCCGACCCCAUGAAAACAAGCUUUCAUGUCACCCUCCGGAUAAAGGACUUGCAGCUGGGGUACGACUCGUACCGUAUAAAGGCGAUGGGCGUGUCUUGCGGCGGGCGGGUGGCGGUCGCGUGCGCGGACAGCGCGCUGCACCUCGCCUGCAGCGUGGGGCUCGCGCGCUGGGAGCCCUACGCGCAGCUCGACGGCCUGGCCGUGCACCGCUGCGGCGGCAUGGACGUGCACGUGACAGGGCUAGGCCCGCUGAGCGGCGCGGCGCCGCUGGUGGGCACGUGGUGCCGCGGCGCGGCAACCGCGCACGCGCUGCCCGCCCUCGCCGACCAGCUGCGCCGCCACCUGCACACCGCGCUCGCCGACCUGCCGCUGUGGGACAUGCUGCACGGGAAGCGCCCCUAGACAUGCUGACAAACUAAAUAAAUUAACGAUAUUAAUAUAAUAAAGGUGAACCGUUUGUUUGUUUGUGUUCCGAUUAAAAAGAUUCUUUCAGUGUUAGAUAGCCCUUUUAUUAAGGAAGACUAUUGAUCUUAACCAAUAGGAGCGGAGUACCGAUGGAGAAUGAUUCAAAAUCGGGAGAUUUUUUUUCUCUAUUGAGAGCUUCCACUGCGUGCGCUGCGAGGGAGCGUGAGCUCAAAGUGACUUUUCCACGCGGACGAAGUCGCGGGCGGACGCUAGUAAAAUAUGUACGAUAAGUAAAAUUGUAAAAAAAAAUAGAAAUACUGUUCAUUAAACAUUGAAGCAUUGAAGUUUGGGAUGCUAAUUAUUUUUAUUAAUAGGGAUUAUUUGUAUAUUUCGUUUACCUUUAAAUGUCUAUAACUAUUAACUACUAAUAAACAGUUACAAUAUUACAUUUGCAGUUCAAUUGCUAAAUUUACGUAGUUGUUAUUAUUAAAUUAUUUAAUGCGUUGUUGUCAUAUGACUUAGAAUGAUUAAGCCUAAAUCUCAAUAACGUUAAAUUCGCUCAAAUAUCUUACGUGCAUAAGCGAGAAUCAAUCGGAUAUUAUCAAGUCAAACAUUUUCAAUUAAAUUCAAAUCCUGUUUAAAAUAAUUGAUUCAUAGAUUCACAAUUCAUAUAACUUCAAUGCACCUUUCUUGUAUAUUUGCCCUUUUUAUUAAAGUACACGUUAUGCGUACAAUUUACAUUUGUUAUAUUUUUGUGUUUACUUUUCUAGUUCUAAGAUACCACAGCGUUUUAUAAAUUUUAAUUAAUUAUACUAUGUAUUUGUUACCUUAAGAUUUUUGAGCAAUAAAAAAUUCGUUGAAAUUUUAUACACGAAGCAUAAUUAUAAAAAUGUGGUCUGAUGAUAUUAUUUAGUGGUUGUGAGUGCCGUCAAUUUUCGAGACUGUUGUAUUUUUAUUACACGAGUUGUUCAAUAAAUGUUUUCUUGUUAA